AUUGCUUCUAACAUUGGAAUAAAUUUGCUGAACUUUCAACUUUUGUGGAGUACAAUAAUUAGUUAGUUAAAUAUAUUUUUCAAAAGGAAAAGGAAGAGAAAUAAUCUUGUAAGUUUGUAGUAGCAUAUUGUAGAAUCUGCCACUAAACAGUCACCAUCAAACAAUUCAAGUGGUAGAUUCUCCAUUCCUAUGGAAAAUUUCUAGUACUUGUUACUUCAUUUAUUUUUCUCAUUAAUAUUGGAGGACUUCAUCUUCCAUAAAAAAGUACUUCUGUUUUGGUGAGUGUCCAAUCCCUCCUACAUUUUUAAUUAAUUUUUUUUGCUUCAUUAUCUUGUUAAAUGUCCAAGAAUUUUGUAAAUUAUUGUAUUUGAAUGUUAGGUUUCAUUAGUUGGAAGUAACCCCACAUGUAUGUGUUGCAAUAUUGUCAGACCCCACAUUAUGCCUUAUUUAAAAUGCUCCUCACUUCACUUUGUCUGUUCUGGAUUAGAUAUGAAUAGCUGGUGUUGAGUUUACUGUACUUGCACUUUUUGAACACUUCUGCUUACUGUUGUUAUUUAUGUGAACUCUUUUUAGCCACGCAUAUGGCCAAAGUUUGUGGCUUUAAGCUUGUUAAUGUGGUUAAAAGGAGUCUUGCAAUUUCAAGAUUCUUUCUUUUUGCAUAUUAGGAGUCCAUUUCUGGUUUCUUUCACUUUCAAUUUCAAGACUAGCUAUUCCUUUUGUCUUUUACUGUGAUGGUAGUUGUGGAAAAUUCUUGUUAAAAGUAUGAGAUAUUUAGCUACUACUACUAGCUCUCUAGUGUUGUUGUUUUCAUAAGCUUACAGUAUUUCCUUAAAAGUUUGAAGUUUGCAUACCAUGGCUUCUUUUGUGCAAACUUUCUGGGCAGCCCCUCGUUUUGCUCUUACCCCGGAGUAUAAGCCUCGGUGUAUAGCGAGGAUUGCGCGCUUACCUAGCAGGGACUCCACAUUUUUGCCUUCGGAUUCUGUUAUAGUUAAUAGUGUGUCCUCUAUUGAGGAGAGGGAGAAAAGUAGCCCAAUAGCUGAUGUGCAAAAUGGUCAUCUGGUUUCAACUAUUAAGGAGGAGAGCAAGAAGGACGUUCAAAAGAAGUUGGAACCCCUUUGGGAUGAUGGAUAUGGAACUCAAACUGUUAAGGAUUAUCUUGAAAUAGCAUCGGAGAUUAUUAAGCCCGAUGGAGGUCCUCCGCGGUGGUUUACUCCCAUAUCAGCUGGCCCUCCUCUGGAAGACUCUCCUCUCCUUCUUUUUCUGCCUGGAAUGGAUGGCACUGGCAUGGGUCUUGUUUUGCAUGAGAAGGCUCUUGGGAAAGUUUUUCAGGUUUGGUGCUUGCAUAUUCCCGUGUAUGAUCGAACGCCAUUUGUUGAAUUGGUGAAAUUUGUCGAGAGAACUGUGAGGAUGAAGCAUGCUUCAUCUCCAAACAAGCCAAUUUAUUUAGUUGGAGAUUCAUUUGGAGGGUGCUUGGCUCUUGCUGUUGCUGCGCAUAACCCUAAGAUUGACCUUGUUCUGAUAUUAGCUAAUCCAGCAACUUCAUUUGGCAGCACACAACUCCAAUCUCUGCUUCCUCUUCUAGAGUCUUUGCCUGAUGAAUUUCAUGUUACGGUCCCUUAUCUUCUGAGCUUUAUUAUGGGUGAUCCAAUGAAGAUGGCGAUGGUUAACAUUGAUUCAAUGCUUCCUCCUGGACAAAUUAGUCAACGUCUCUCUAGCAACCUCAUUGAUUUGCUGGUGCACCUCUCUGGUUUAGCUGAUAUUAUACCGAAGGAAACUCUUCUCUGGAAGUUGAAGCUUCUUAGAUCUGCUUCAUCUUAUUCAAAUUCCCGCCUCCAUGCUGUUAAUGCUGAAGUACUUGUGCUUGCUAGUGGGAAGGAUAACAUGCUUCCAAGUGGAAAUGAAUCUCAGAGGCUUAAAAAUUCAUUAAGAAACUGCAAAGUACGAUAUUUCAAAGACAAUGGCCAUACUAUUUUAUUGGAAGAUGGUGUUAAUCUGCUAUCCAUCAUCAAAUAUACCAACAAAUAUCGUCGUUCAAAAAGGCAUGAUUUUGUCAUGGAUUUUGUGCCUCCUAGUAGGUCGGAGUUCAAGAACACACUCAAGGACAAUAGAUUUUAUCUCGAUUGUACUAGUCCAGUUAUGCUGUCCACAAUGGAAAAUGGGAAAAUUGUAAGAGGUCUGGCAGGGAUCCCAUGUGAAGGCCCUGUAUUGUUGGUCGGUUAUCACAUGCUUAUGGGUUUAGAAAUUGUCCCUCUUGUUCAAGAAUAUUUGAGGCUGAGGAAAAUUUUACUUCGUGGAAUAGCACAUCCAACAUUGUUUACUCAGCUGGUUGAGAGUCAAACUAAUGAAACCUCAUUCUUUGAUACGCUGAGACUGUAUGGGGCUACGCCUGUCUCUGCCAGCAACUUUUUUAAGUUGCUUGCAACAAAGUCACAUGUUCUUCUGUAUCCUGGUGGUGCCCGUGAGGCCUUACAUCGUAAGGGAGAAGAGUACAAGGUGAUUUGGCCUGAUCAACAAGAAUUCAUCAGAAUGGGUGCGAAAUUUGGUGCGACUAUUGUACCGUUUGGGGUUGUAGGGGAAGAUGAUAUAGCACAGUUAGUUCUCGACUAUGAAGACCUAAAAAGUAUUCCUAUAUUGGGUGAUCGGAUAAGGCAUGAUAAUGAACUGGCAACCAGGAACGGUUUAACAGUCAGGACGGAAAUGAACGGAGAGGUUGCCAACCAAGCGUUGUAUAUCCCGGGCCUUUUACCUAAGAUACCUGGUCGUUUUUACUUUUUGUUUGGAAAGCCUUUUCAUACAAAGGGAAGGCAGGACCUGGUGAAAGACAGAGAGAAAGCAAGAGAAUUGUACUUGCAGGUAAAAUCUGAAGUUCAAAAUAACAUGAAUUAUCUGCUUAAGAAAAGAGAGGAAGAUCCUUACAGAAGCGUCAUCGAUCGAACUGCAUAUAGAGCAUUUUCUGCAACUUUUGACGAUAUCCCAACAUUUGAUUAUUAGGUUUACUAGUUAGAAGUUCAAUUUCUUUAUUUUUGGUAAAUGAUGUAUAUGUAUUCAUGGUUCAAUUCUAUGUUGUAAUAUUUUUUUUAACCACAAUAUGAGCAAGCUUUCCACCAAGAACUAAGGUAAAAUAUCAGAUCUUCGUCAUAAACUUGCAUCUGUAUGAGAGAAUACUUGAUCAAGCAGAACCAAUUUUUUGUAUA